GUAACGAGAAAGACACAGAGCUGCACUCUAGCACACACGCACACGGGCAGCGCUGCGAGCCAGAGCAUCUUCCUCCGGUGGCACAGCUCACUUCUUUCGCCGAAGCCGAAAAACGACGUGGUGGGACCGCGAAGUUGCUCUAAGGAGCCGGGGAUCGAACGCGACGCACACCUGGAUAAGCGCGGAGGGAGCAGCGAAGGGACCAGAGCGCGUCGAUUUGGAACGCGAACAUCAUGCUCGUCAAUCAGCACAUGCUUUUCGCCUUGUACGGCAUCUGCGGGAUCCUGCUGAAAGCGGCGGCAACGAAAAACAAAGUGAAAGGAGCCCAAGGCCAGUUCCCAAUUGUCCAGAAUGUGACGGUGACAGAGGGGGGGAUGGCCAACCUGACCUGUCGCGUGGAUCAUAAUGACAACACCUCCCUCCAGUGGUCAAACCCAGCACAGCAAACCCUCUUCUUCGGGGAUAAGAAAGCUCUGCGAGACAACCGGAUUGAUCUGAUCCGAGCCUCGUGGCAGGAGCUCACCAUCAGCAUCCGUGAGGUUACACUCGGAGAUGAAGGGCUAUAUACUUGUUCCCUCUUCACCAUGCCUGUCAAAACAGCCAAGGCCUAUCUGACUGUACUGGGAGUACCAGAGAAACCGGAGAUCAAUGGUUUUACUAAGCCAGCAAUGGAAGGAGACCAGAUCACCCUGACAUGUGUUACUUCCGGCAGCAAGCCAGCCGCAGACAUCAGGUGGUUCAGGAACGAGAAGGAGAUUAAAGGGGCAAAAGAGGUAAAUGCCAGUGGGAAGACAUUCACGGUCAGGAGCUCACUGCAGCUGCAGGUAGACAGGAAUGAUGAUGGUGUGGCCUACACAUGUAAAGUGGUCCAUGAGGCACUGCGGGCUGUCCCACAGCAAACAACCGAGGUGCUGGAAGUGCACUAUGCUCCUCGUGUGGAGAUCAGGCAUUCUCAAGCACUUCCGCAAGAAGGAGAUGUUCUCAAACUGGAAUGUGUGUCUAACGGAAACCCCUCGCCAGACCCAGUGAAAUGGACAAAAGAUGGAGGCAAACUGCCAGACUUGGACCGCUUGAUUGUGGAUGGCAGAGAUCUCACUUUCAUAUCCUUAAAUAAAACGGACAACGGCACCUACCGCUGUGAAGCCAGCAAUCAUCUGGGCACCAACCAUGCUGAAUAUGUGCUCUUUGUGUACGAUGCCCCCACUACACCCUCUCCAUCCACAACUCCUCCCCCUGUAGCCUUCCUCCCAGACUCCACAGAUCCAUUAGACUUCAAGCAGUCCAACUCUGCAGUCACCGGUCAGAGAGAUCCUAAUGCUUUGGGACAGCAUGGUCCAGAUCAUGCUCUGAUUGGUGGAGUAGUGGCCGUUGUUGUCUUUGUCACCUUGUGCUUAAUCAUCGUACUUGGCCGAUAUCUGGCACGGCAUAAAGGCACAUAUUUGACAAACGAGGCCAAAGGAGCAGACGAUGCCCCUGAUGCAGACACAGCCAUUAUCAAUGCAGAUGGUAACCACGCACACACAGAGGAAAAGAAGGAGUACUUCAUUUAGACUGUGCUCCACUCGCCUCCCUCUCUCUCUCUCUCUCUCUCUCUCUCUCUCUCUCUCUCUCUCUCUCUCUCUCUCUCUCUCUCAUUCCCUGCUCCAUGUAGGAACCUUGCCUGGCAGCAGAGGAAACUUCUUCUUUACUCAUGUCCUAUGUUCUUUGCGCUUUUUAUUUGCAUCCGUGUUUUUUUGUUCUUUUAUCAGCUUGUCCUGAAUUUUACCUGCUACUUUUUCCAAACAUAGCUGCUGAUGAUCUUUGCUUUUUUUUUAUUAUUUACAUUGUUCACAUUGUGUCUGUAAAAAAGUGAAUCGUUGGCCAAACCUCCUGAAUCCAGUUCAAGAUUUCACUUUAAUUUCUUUCUGAAGUCCUCCACCAUCACUUUCUCACAGUGCCUCAAUAUAAUAUACAGACAUCCAUCCGAGGUUUUAGUCAAUGCCUUCUGUUGGGUCGAGUGUUUUAGGAUUGGCUGCUCGCUUUUUUAAUCUUCAGCACUAUUACAAACGCAGUAUCAUCUCUAAUGUAUAUAUGUAUUUUUGUUUCUUUUUACUCUUUACAAUCCAUUGCAACACUGUUGUAAUUUUUCUUCAAUUAAAAAAAAUAUACAGGAAAUAAUUUUCUUAAGAAAAGUAGCUGAUACCCGUUUUAACUUACAGAAAAAUGCUGAUCAGUAAUUAGUGUGUUCCAUAGUGUGAGUGAAGAUUUUCACAAUCAGACUGAUAGCUCACACUUGUAUUAACCAGUAUUUGUACCUGAAAUGUAGAUAUUGGCGAAAAGUCUAUAUGAUAGUUCAAGAGUCAUGAAGCAUCAACUGGAUACUCCCAUGUUUUACAUCAUCAAAAAAGUAGCUUGAUAGAAGGCCAGGGGUUGUAGGCUGAGGACACACCGGUGACUUUAAUGAAGUUUCCUUUAUGUCUAUACUCAACAAGUUACUGUGUUUAUGUGAAAUACUGUGUCUCAGGCUCAUCUGUAUAUUCCUGCACUGUCUCACUCAAAUUACAGGAAACAGUGGCUAUAUUCACAUUACAGACUUUUAUGCUCAAUCCCUCAUCUGUUCACAUCUGUCUGUCAUUUAAAUGAACAGAUUUCUGGCAUGUAAAAGCCUAGCAGGUACUCGAUAUAUAUAUAUAUAUAUAUAUAUAUAUAUAUAUAUAUAUAUAUAUAUAUAUAUAUAUAUAUAUAUAUAUAUAUCACAUAUGCAUGAUUCAGCAACACAAAAAAAAACAUUUUUAUGAGACUGUAUAGGUGAAAAGGCAAAAUAAUAAUAAUAAUAAUAAUAAUAAUAAUAAUAAUAAUAAUAAUAAUAAUAAUAAUAAUAAUAACUGUAGAUGAUAUAUCAAUUCUGGUCCAUAAUAUCUGACACUUUUUCUCUGGUUUCCCAAAAGAAUCAAUUAAAAUCAUCUUAUACCACAGUGCUGUUGAAUCCUCAAAUCUGAUUAGACAGAAGGUGUUGAUUAAGUUUCUAUAAGAGCAUAUCUAACAAUAGUUCUGGCUGUAAUACAAAUCACAGUACAGCAUGUCCCAAAAAUCUCCAUACAUACAGGACUAUGUUUGUCAGCGCCACGUCGGUUGUGCCUUCUUCAGUGGAUGUUCAUGGACGUCCACUUCCAGUCUUUUUGAAUUUGUUAAUAAAUUUGUAACAGUGUUGUGUGAUAUGUGCUUGCCAUGGUUAAGUCCAUCAGAAGCUUUUGUGUCACAGAUUCCCAAUCCAGCCAUGAUAAUGAUUUCAAUACAUUACAUUUGCAUUUGCAUUUAUUCAUUUAGCAGACGCUUUUAUCCAAUGCAACUUACAAAUGAGGAAAUACAAGCAGAGCGAUAUAGCAAGCGGAGAACAAUACAAGUAGUGCUACUAUACAAGAUUUUUUAAUUGAGUUCCAGAAAGCAAAGUGCACAGAGUAGGGGUGUAAGUGCCAGUGUAUUUUUUUUUUAAGGAUAAUGUGGGGUUGGCAUUUUAGGAGUUAGUUAGGUGUUCACGGAAGAGGUGUGUCUUUAGCUGUUUUUUGAAGAUAGUGACAGAUUCUGUGGUCCAGAUUGAGGUUAGAAGUUCAUUCCACCACUGAAGGACAGUUGGUUUGGAGGUUCUGGAAAGCGACUUUGAGCCAUGCUGAGUAGGUUUUACUAAGCAUUGGUCAUUAAUCGACGCAGAUUGCAUGAGGGAGCGCAAGCCAUCAGGAGAGUCUUCAGGUAGGGGGUGCUGUUCCAGACAAGUUCUUGUACAUGAGCAUCAAGGCCUUGAAUUUGAUACGGGUGGCUACAGGAAGCCAGUGGAGGGAGAUGAAGAGGGGUGUGACAUGGGUCCUUUUGGUCUGGUUGAAGACGAGACGUGCUGCUGCAUUCUGAAUCAUCUGAAGCAGUUUGAUGGAGCUGGCUGGGAGGCCCGAGAGUAGUGAGUUUCAGUAGUCCAGUUUUGAUAUGACAAGAGCCUGGAUAAUAGUUGUGUAGCCUGUUCAGUGAGAUAGGGUCUGAUUUUCUUGAUGUUGUACAGAAUGAAACUACAGGACCAAUAUUUUCUUCUUUUAUCAAAGGUAUUCUUAAAGGAUAUGUAUGGAGACAUUUGGGACACCCUGUAUAUAUACAGUAUAUUAACGUACUCAUUCUAAUACUUUAUCAUCUAUAUCGUAACAUCUGUAUGUCAGAUAUUCCAAAUUUUGGGGGGGAAACCCUACAGAGAUUUGUAUCCAUUUGUAUCUGGAGCCACAUAUGAAAGUGGCCCAAAUAUAUAACAACAUUAAAAAGAUCAGACUUUUGAGUAAUAUUUUAUCUUGACAUCUUAACAGUCCUUUCAGAGAAUGAACAAACAACCAACAAUCUGUGAAAUGUCAGGAUUCAGAACUUUAAACAUCAGUCAGAUUUCUAAACAUGUCAGCAAUUUUAGCAACAGAAUACACAUUUCCUAUCAAUAAGUACACCUUCAACGAAGUCUGUAUAAACUUUAGUCUGUCAGCAGCUGCUUUGCUGAAUAAUAUUUGUGUGAAUACUAUCAUUUUAUGGUGUCAUCCAACUAUCACUAGACUCUCAACAGACUAUCAGCUGUUACACUUCACUGAUGUUGGAAUGAUAGUUAGUACAUAGUUAGUUGAAAAAUAGAUCUGAAUAGUGUUGUUGAUUUUUACAUUCAUGCAGCAUAUAAAAAUUAGACCUGAGUAGGCAGAUUGGAUGUAGGCAGAAAUGUUUGGGGGGUUUUCCCUAUCCUGUAAUGUGAACAUAAUCAGUCACUGCAUUGCCAUGGACAUGUGUUUAUAAAUGUACCCACUUCUGCAGUUUAUGUCAUGAACAUCAAACAUGAAUAUUUUAAAUUCUAAAUUAUCAGUCACAUUCAAUUUACAGGAACACAAACUAAGUGUAACAGGCUCUUUAUCUAAACCUUCGUGACAUUAAACAUGAUAAUAAUAAUAAUCAAUUCCAGAAAGUCAUGAUGGUGUUUCAUGGCAUUUAGUGUCAGCUUGUUCUCCUGUCCACAUCUUCCUCUGAUGAUUAGAUUACAUGUAGAAGCACAAGAGAGUUUGGACUCGCAGAGUUAAAGAGUGCCUGUUAGAUAACACACACUGGUUAUGGCAGUACGUGAUAAUUAGGAAACAUUUCUGAAACUAAUCUGAACUUUUGUAAAUCAGUAAACAUGAUGUAAAAGAUAUAAUAUUGUCAUUACAUCUCAUCUGACAUUGAUGAAUGAUUGCAGUGUUUUUUGAAACAGUCUCUUUCUUUACUUAUUCCUUCUUAUGGAUUUCUGUAAUAAAUAGGUGCCCUUGUUAAUAAGGCUGUAUAUUACAUCUGCUUAAUGUAGUAAGUAGUGAAAAUUGUCGUCAGACAUUGGGACCCCACAUAUCAAGAAGUUUGUACUGUAUAUUAGCCUAUUAUUUAAAUUAAUUAUUAUACUCUUCCCCAACAUUAAUUAAAAUUAUGGUUUCUUUGUUUGUUUAUUUUUGUUUGUUUUUGGUCCAUGGGGAUUCUUAACAAGCACUCUGUUUUUUACAGAGUUUAAUUUCAGCGUAAGGUGUAUAUACUGUACAAGUAUUACAUUUGGUAUAAAAAUAAAUAACAUUUUGAUGUGAUGAUUUUAUUUAAAAUCUUAUAGUAAAAACUGAAAAAACAACUUGGGUAUGAAAAGAUGAAAUAGCAGUUAAAUAUGCCUAUGAGAACUGAUAAUAGAUGCUGCAAAUUAAGGUAGUGUUGGAAAGUGGAAAUUUAGCACUUAAUUCAAACCCUUAAUGUAUUAUUGGUCAGAGUGCAUACUGUAGUUAAUGGACUCGAAGAAUUCAUAGCUCACUGUCAGUUUCUUGUGUAGAAAGAGAAUUAUUAAUGCUGGGCAAAGGAUAGAAGAUAAAGCAGUAGAAUUUUUUUAAUGGCUUUUACUGAAUUCCUAGCAUACAAUAUACAGACAAGCUCAGAUCUUGUAUUUCCAGCUUCAUGCCUCAUCCAUAUACUGUAUGUUCCCCAAAUAAACAUAAUUGAGUCACAUCCAGCAACAGCAUGACCUUAUUGUGUCAAUAGGUUGCAAACUUAGCAUAAAACCAGACCAUCAGUUGUUGGUCAGACUCCGUGAUAGUGUUGUGUAAAAUGGGUCAGAAAAAGUCACAGUGAGGGAGUGGCAAAAACAUUUGAUGUGGCUAAAAGACACCAGUCAAAAAUUGUAGCUGAAGUGCACACCUAGUUAGGAGAAAAGUGGUCUAAAAAAAAAAAAAGACAAUGGUGGCCUUCUCACCUGACUGGAUUAGUACUUUUGUUAAGGUGAGUGUAGGCAUAAACAAGUAUUAGGAAAGAAAUGACAUAUGCAACUUUUUUGCACACUCCUGGGCAAAAAAAAAAAGGCAAAAUAUUAAACGUUUAAUGGUACAGAACAAAUAAUUGGUCCGGAAAUUAGCAAGAAUUAGAACAAAUAGAAAAAGUAACUUAGUAUGGUAAAGCUUUUCUCUUUUAUUUCUUUAAAUGUUUAAGUCUUGUAGGUAAACAGGUCUUUCUUUCUUUAUUUUAAUUUUGUACACCCAGACAUGUGCUAGUUUGAAUUUUACAUCAAACAUUUUAAUCGUUAUCAUGAUUUGACCUUUGCAUAUAAGAAGACUAUAUAGGUGAAUUUCCCUGUUUCUAGCUUUUCUCCCAAACAGUUCACUGCCACAAAAGUAAACGAGCAAAUGGUGGCACAGGAGGGCUCAGGAGUACAUUUGUUUCAUUCUUGCUAAUUUUAUGACCAAUGAUUUGUUUUUAACCAUUAAAAGCUUAAUAUUUUGCCAGUAUAUAUCAACUCUGUGUUAGUGUUUGAGAGAGUCCAGACAGACUAAUUUAGAAAUCAAUCACAGAAGAUGUUGUUGUGAUAAGGAAAGAUGUGCAGUAAAUAAUGCCUGUUUUCUGUCUUUGACCAAUUAUGUUUUCUGUCAAAAUCUGCAUUUAUAGCUACACAUACCCACCCUGGCUGUCCUUGCCGUUGAUAUGGGAGGUUAAUGUCAGGUUAUUUUGAUGGAGUAUCUUUUCAAGAUUUAAUUUAAUUUUUAUUUUUGUUGUAGACUAGACAUGCCAGCAUACGUGGGUCUUCUGCAAUUGGUAUAUAUCCUGAAGCUAUAUCAUUUUCAUUUUAAGUUGUUUUAAUAAUAAUUUCUUUCUGCCUGCAAUAGUUGAUAUUUUAUUCUAUGGUAUUGAUUUCUAUAGGCAUGGUAAGGCUGUAGGCUGUAGAUUUGUGAGUAAAGCAGGUUGAGGUUUAUAAUGUGGCCUAAACUGUAAGUGGACUUCUUUGACCCAUGAAUUUGGAUACUGAAGGAAACCAAAAAUUGCAAGAGUUUCUUUUUCUUUUAUCAAUUCCUAUUUUUCCGUGUUAGCAGAUCUUUAUUUAGCUGAGUGCAGAUUGUUGUAAUGACAGCACAGGUGCCGCUGAUGAUUUUGGGUAUCGUCAUUAGGAGGUUCAUCUCGGCACAAAUGUUUGCAGGUGCUGUGGAGUGUAGCUUUUUGAAAAGCUGUGAAAUUUCCCUCAGUUAAGGCGGAACCUGUAAUAUAAGGGGUGAAAUGAUCUUUAACACACCUGAAAACUCUCUAACUCUCAAAUUUUAUUUCUGUCCUACUAGAUGCAGCUAGUUACGCUCUAUGUUACGCUCUAAAAGAUAAAAAUAAUGAAACACAUGCUGAGGCCUGCCAAGUGUGUAAAUCAUGAUUAUAUGUAAAUGGGUUCUGUUUAAAAAAAAAUUGCCACAUAGCUUGGAUACAGUGCUUUAUAUUUAUUUUAUUUUUCCUAGCAAAGAUUUUUGUUUUUAUAAUAUUGUUCUUUAUAUAUAGACUGGAGAAGCCCCAGUCCAACCUGUAACUAUUGUUAAGGAAAUAAACAUGUCUGUUUAUGUUGCUUAGAUUGCAGAACUUCGCAAACUGCUGUUUAAUAUAAAUAAAUACAAACAGUAAUUUGUGAUGUCCUGCAUUGAUGUCACUGUAUCAAUGCAAUUUCUGUACAAAUGGAAUAGUCAAUGUUUGAGUCAGAAAUUGGGUGCCGAAUAUAACACAAAGAGCAUGUGUUCUUUGGCAUUUUUUUUUUCUUCUUUUAGUGUCUCAGGAAUGAUUCUUUGAGUCAUUUUUAUAAUUUGAUCAGACAGAUUUGCAAAGCACCUCCCAUCUGUAUCUGUUACAUUUCAAAAUAGGCAAUUAUAAUGUUAAUAAAAAUCUCAGUGUUUAUUUAAGGUUUUGUUUUCUGAUGCUGUCUUUUUUUUAUUAUUGCAUGAUUUCUGUGGGUGUCACAGGAAGAGACUUCACUGGUGUCAUCCAUACCAUAGUGUUUGUAUGAAGGCAUACACCGUAACCUUUUAUUCAUCUCUGACCAUAAAUAAAAGAAUACACAUUAUCAUUGUAGUGACAUUAACAAACAGUGUCUAUAUAAAUAAGCAUACAGACGAGCUACAGUCAGUUACCAGUCAGACUUGACACAUGUAAAAGAUAAGCAGGAUGAUAACAUAUUUAAUGUGUGCAAGUGUGUAAGAUUUCCUCAAACUGGGUAAAGGAUAUUUUGUGGCAAGACCAAGCUAGAAUUAUCAUAUACACCAACCAACACCUACUGCCUUAUAAUCAUCUGUUAAAGAAAAGCUAAAUCUGGGACUUGUGAAGAUUGAGUAUGAGUUAAGAGUGUGACAUACUGUUUUAAGAGUGUUAACAGUGAGCACUUCCCUUCAUGCUGAGUGGAUCAGGAAUACAGAAAGAAGGAGUAGGUAGUGCUUUUGGACCUUCAGAGUAACUCGCUUUAGGCGAGUUGGCCUUCAGAUGAUAGAGGCACCAGACAAGUGAUGGGAUCUGUACCUCUUGAAAAUGAAAACACAUCAUUUUAAGUUAUGUCUUCUGCCUCUUCUGUGUAUUCAUUUGUUCUGCAAUUCCGUUUCAAGUGUAAUUAAUAUGUAUGGAAUGAAACUCUUGAAUAAAUAAAUGCCAAAAUCA